AGCAACCUGUGUCCUGCAUGUCUGUCAUCUUCAGGCUGAGAGAUCAAGACAGUAUGGAUGAAUCCAGAACCUUGACCAACUCAGAUCAGGAGCUGUACCAGAGCAAGUUUGAUCCCAAGACCUAUCUUGACAAUUUUUACCAGUUGUCGGACGCACCAGAGCAGAAAGAUAUCAGACGUUUUGUGACUUUUGUGCUGUGUCAGCUGAGCCAGACCUUCUCAACAGGCAAAUACAGGGGCAAGAGGCUGAUUGAGGUUGGGACAGGGCCUAACAUCCACACUCUGAUCAGCGCCUGUGAGCACUUUGAGGAGAUCGUGGUGUCUGAUUAUACAGACAGCAACAGAAGGGAGUUAGAGAAGUGGAUAAGAGCUGAGGAGGGCUGCUUCAACUGGGAUGCCCAUAUUCAGUUUGUCUGUGACCUGGAGGGGAGAAGGACUCCGGCAGUCGUUAAAGAGACUCUCCGCCAGAAGAUCAAAAACGUCUUAAAAUGUGACACCAACCUGGAGAAUCCGUUCCAGCCGGUAACAGUAGAGCCUGCAGACUGCAUCAUAUCAUCUCUUUGUCUGGAGGCUGCCUGUAAAGACCAGGAGGCCUACAGGCAUUCACUGGGAGCCAUGGUGGGUUUGCUGCGGCCUGGAGGAGUCCUGGUGAUGAUUGGAGAUCUUAAUGAGACUUUCUAUAUAGUGGGGGAAGAGAGGUUCCCUGUGCUCAGUCUAAGCCAAGAUUUUAUUAAGAAAACACUCUGUGAGUUGGGCCUGUCCAUACAGCACUUCAUCCUGCAGAAGGAUGAGGGCACAGAGCUCAAGAGCAAGUGUAAUUAUGAGGCAUAUUUCUACCUCACUGCUCUUAAAGACUGAACAAGACCAUAUGCAGUCUAUGCCACCCACUACUUUUAAGUCCUUAUAAUCAAAUUUGAAAAAAAAAACAAUACUGUAAUUUGUUACUCCUAGUUGUGUAACAGUUCAGAUUUAUAAACCAGUGAUUACAAUUAUACUUAGAUCAAUACAUUUUCUUUCUCUAAGUUAAAGCUUUACCUCCAGUUAAACCAAAGAACUGGCCUAACAUAUUUCACAGUCAGUGGGUCUGUACUAAACUAUUUGUUAGAGCUCUUUU